AUGACGCACGCGAGCUUGCUCUUCAUCAUCACCGGAGAGCUCGUGCCAUCCCCCCCGUACUCUCUGUUACCGGCUGGCUCGCGGGUUCUCCGCUUCAUUCCCACACUCAGGUUCACGCGCAGCUCUGGCUCGUGCGCGCUCCGCAAACGAAAGUUAAACGGCCACCUGCUCGUGCGGCUUUACGCUAUCCUGCCUCUCCCUGUUUCUGCUCGUGCUCGGUCCAAGGAAGCUGAGAAGGAGGAGGAAGAGAAAGAGAAGGAAGAAGAAGAAGAAGAAGAAGAAGAAGAAGAAGAAGGAGAAGGAGAAGAAGAAGAAGGAGGAGAAGGAGAAGGAGAAGAAGAAGAAGAGGGAGAAGAAGAAGAAGAAGAAGAAGAGGGAGAAGGAGAAGAGGGAGAAGGAGAAGAGGGAGAGGAGGAAGAGGGAGAAGGAGAAGAAGAAGAAGAAGAAGAAGGAGAAGAAGAAGAAGAAGAAGAAGAGGGAGAAGAAGAAAAAGAAGAAGAAGGAAAAAGAGAAGAAGAAGAAGAAGAAGAAGAAGAAGAAGGAGAAGAAGAAGAAGGAAAAGGAGAAGGAGAAGGAGAAGAAGAAGGAGAAGGAGAAGAAGAAGAAGAAGAAGAAGAAGAAGGAGAAGGAGAAGAAGAAGGAAAAGGAGAAUGAGAAGAAGAAGAAGAAGGAGAAGAAGAAGAGGGAGAAGAAGAAGAAGGAGAAGGAGAAGAAAAAGAAGAAGAGGGAGAAGAAGAAGAAGAAGAAGAAGAAGAAGAAAGAAAAGGAGAAGGAGAAGAAGAAGAAGAAGGAAAAGGAGAAGAAGAAUAAGAAGGAGAAGGAGAAUAAGAAGAAGGAAAGGGAAAAGGAGAAGGAGAAGAAGAAGGAAAAGGAGAAGGAGAAGAAGAAGAGGGAGAAGAAGAAGAAGAAGGAGAAGAGGGAGAAGAAGAAGAAGAAGAAGAAGAAGAAGAAGAAGAAGAAGAAGAAGAAGAGGGAGAAGAAGAAAAAGAAGAAGAAGGAAAAAGAGAAGAAGAAGAAGAAGAAGAAGAAGAAGGAGAAGAAGAAGAAGGAAAAGGAGAAGGAGAAGGAGAAGAAGAAGAAGAAGAAGAAGAAGAAGGAGAAGGAGAAGAAGAAGGAAAAGGAGAAUGAGAAGAAGAAGAAGAAGAAGAAGAAGAAGAAGAAGAAGAAGAAGAAGAAGAAGAAGGAGAAGAAGAAGAGGGAGAAGAAGAAGAAGGAGAAGGAGAAGAAAAAGAAGAAGAGGGAGAAGAAGAAGAAGAAGAAGAAGAAGAAGAAGAAGAAGAAGAAGAAGAAGAAGAAGAAGAAGAAGAAGAAGAAGAAGAAAGAAAAGGAGAAGGAGAAGAAGAAGGAAAAGGAGAAGGAGAAGAAGAAGGAAAAGGAGAAGGAGAAGAAGAAGAAGAAGAAGAAGAAGAAGAAGGAGAGGGAGAAGAGGGAGAAGAAGAAGAAGAAGAAGAAGAAGAAGAAGAAGAAACAAAAGAAGUGUGCAGCAAAAAAAGCAGACCAUGAAUACUACCCAAAAAAAGCUUUUUACUAUAA